GUGGUGAACGACGACGACGGUGGUGGGUGAUGUCAUGCAGCGUGUCUGUCUGUCUGUUCUACCCUCUAACGCUGCAGACGGAGUAGCUAAGUAUAUGGAUACAUCCAUGAUAUCAAGUGACGAGAAGUUAAUGCACGGUAGGCAACAAUCCCUGGCCUGUCAUGCAGCUUCUCUGACGUCUGGACUUGCUACUUAUAUAAUUACACAGCUGGCCAUCUCCAGGACGCCGUUGGACGGCGGACUUCCGGCCGGGAAGUUGUACUUAUCCGGACAUGCUCCCAUGAACCUGUGGGGAGAGGACAAGCAGACGACAGGAGAGAGGGACGGUGAUGACGAGAAGAGUGUGCAUAUUGUCAUGGGCUGCUUGCAUUUUUUGUCUGAUUUAAUACCUAGGUGGUCAUAUCCCUCCCGGAGGGGGGGGCAAGAAGAGAAAUACCCGUCCACAAUCCUGGCACUUCCAACCUUGCAUCCGAUUCUCUCAGGGCAUCCCUCCCCUCGUCCGGAUUAAAACAUCGGGAGCGGAAAGGAGAGGGCUUCGAGAAACACGCAACCUAAAUCUCCAUUUUCGAGGUUGCGGCUAGCCGGAGGAGGAAAAUGAACAAAAUUAGGAAAAUCGAUU